AUGGGAUGUUUGCCCAGUGUGGCGGCAUCGAAUGCACGGGGACAAGCGGCGGCCACUGGUGGCGAUGAUGGUUGCCAGGGGAAAGAUGCGGGGUUGUCGGAUCCAACCCUGGGCGAACAGCUACUGGAAGAUGGUGACGUUCAGGCGUUACUUGAUAAAAAGAAACGGCUAGUGCUAAUAAUUCAUGGUAGUGUGUACGAUGUGACCGACUUCGCUCCCACUCACCCGGGUGGUAUAUCGGUUCUUUCCCAAAAUGUGGGCAAAGAGGUUGGAGAUGUAUUCGACAGAAUUCACCGGCCCAGCACUAAAGCGCAACUUGCAACGUACUGUAUUGGUCGUCUUCGUUCAGCAGGUCCACGUAUCGCCCCGACGUUAGUCAGGAAAGAUAGGGAGGUGACACCGGGGUUUGUUCGUGCCACCGUCCUGGGGACUGAGAUGCUCUUGGAUGAUGUUGUGCGCAUUACAAUUGCCUUUCCUCUGGGACUGCAGCAUUCACCAGGUAGUUAUGUACGGCUAAAGCUCCCUCACCCGUCUGGCGCGUGUGACAUGAGUGGUAACUAUACCGUUGCUUCGGUGACAGAAACUAGUUUUAUGAUUAUUUCCAAACGCAGCUUGAACCAUGGAGUUUCAAGCCACGUGUGCUCCCUGCAGCCCGGCAAUGAAAUUGAGUAUAAAGGCCCGUUUGCCCCUUCGUGGGUUGUUGAAGACGAUGACGAACUGCACAAGACACCUGAGGAGAUGAGACAUGUAACUUUUAUUGCGGGAGGCAUUGGAAUUGUUCCCAUCUUCGCCGCGGUGAAGAACCUCUUGGAGAAGCAAAUCGCCUCUGCAACGCUAGUGGUUAGUACCCGGGAUCUACGCCGUCUGGUGAUCCGUGACGAAAUCACAGAAUUAGCCAAGCAGUACGGCUCCCUGCGGGAUGACAAUGGUGUUGCUAGUGGUGAAAGUGCACCUCGGUUGCGCAAAGUGCUUAAGCUGUGCUGCAUUUUCACGCGGUCCUCAGGUGAGGUGAAUGUACCCGGGGCAGACCUUAUUAGUUACGCUCGCCUGGACCAUAAAAUUCUCAGUCAGUUUGGGUCCGCAGUAACUGUCGUUAUUUGUGGCCCACCUGACUUCACGCGCGCUGCGAAGGAGUCGGCUGUGAAGGGUGGUGUAUGUAGGGAAGAGCGGGUAAUCGUCUUGUAA